AUGGAUUUUUGGAUUAUCUUAAUAGUCGUUUUUGUCCUAUUUAUAAUAUAUUAUUUUCUAAAUCCUAAAGUUCCAAAUGGGCUUAAAGAUGUUCAUACAGUUACAACUUUAAGUACAUUAAAAGCCGCAGUCACGAACAGUUUGGGAUCCGAUAGGUUGUAUUUAACGAAUCAGAGUUACCUUGAUAAUGAUGGUCUUAUAAAAUUUCAAAUCAGGGGAAAGUGGUUUUGUCUUAUAUCUGAUCCAGUUCUUGCAAAAGAUAUAUUCUUGCGACCUGAUGUAUUUCCAAAACUUCAGUUAGAUGAAUAUUUACCAGAUACUGCUCUUUCACAUCAUUACGGUGUCAAUGUUGUUCAUUCAAACGGUGAUGUUUGGAAACGACAGAGACGUAUAUGUAAUCUCGCAUUUAAAGUUUUGCCUGUAAAUUUGGUCGUUGAAACAGGAUUAAAGUUGAUGGAUAUCAUGGAAGAAAUUGAUAAUAAACCUAUUGAAGUUGUGGAUUUAAUGCACAGGUUCACUUUGGAUGUUCUUGGAAAAGUUGUCUUUGAUCUUGACUUUAAUAAUCUUGGAGAUCCAACAAAUGUUUACGUAACAACAUAUAAUGAAGUUCAAGAGGAACUUAAAAGCGUUAUAUUUACUAUUCUUCCAUUAGAUCGCAUUCCGUAUUUUAAAAAUAAACGUAUUAGAAAGGUUGAGAAAUUGGAAAAAUUAUUUGAUGAUAUGAUUGAAAAGAAGCAUAAAUCUAUAGCUGCUGGAAGAUCUAAUGGUGACCUUUUAGAACUUAUGAUAAAGGCUUGCAAUGAUCAAGAUAAUCAAGAAAAUCCAAGUUUAACUGAUCUUGAAUUAAGACAUAAUUUGGCAAUUUUUAUGAUUGCGGGCCAUGAUACAACUGCAAAUGCUUUGGCAACACUUUUAUAUAUUUUAUCUGUUCAUAAAGAUGUUCAGCAAAAAGCUCGAGAGGAAAUUUUGAGAAUACUUGGCGAUAAUUUAACUCCGUCAGCUGAACAACAUAAAUUGUUGAAGUACUUAAACAUGAUAAUUCAUGAAAAUCUUAGAUUAUACCCUCCAGUUCCAAUGUUACCAUUUCGCAAAGUUACAGAAGAUUUGAAAUAUAAAAAUCAUGUGAUUCCGGCAGGUACAGGUAUUGCACUCUUUAUAUAUGGAAUACAACAUUCACCAAAGUUGUGGGAAAAUCCUGAAAAAUUUGUACCCGAGAGAUUUGAAAAUGAACAUUUUGCAAGUGGAAAUGAUUCUUGGUUGGCCUUUGGUGGUGGAUCCAGAAUGUGUUUAGGAAAUAAUUUAUCUCUUAUUGAACAAAGAAUUGCAUUAUGUUUGAUAUUGCGUAAAUAUGAAAUAUUAUUGCCACCGAAUAGCAUACACAAAGAUAGAGUACGAGAGAAGGGCCACGGAACACCACAACCAAUCGAACUUGUGUUUAAAAGAAGAGCUGAAUAA